AUGAUGGAGGAUAUACAACAAGGUGCCGGCGGCUUCUCAAAUGUGGUCACGUCCACAACUACCCCAGGUCCAUCUCCUGGUACAACACCUUCACAUCCUCAGCCAAUCAGUCAAAACAGUCAAGCAAGACCGCACAAUAUCGCAUCUUCUUCAAGUGGCGUGAACCACUCCUCUUCCCAUCAUGCUUCUGCUACGGAUCAGGAGACAGGAUCAAUGCAAUUAUCGACAGCUUCGGAUGGAGAGCAGCUCAGCACAAGUUUUGCAGCCAGCUCAGCUUCAGGUAGUGUAAUGACGGAGGACGAAGAAGAUGAAGAGGAUUACGUUAAAGGAGGCUAUCAUCCUGUUCACGUUGGAGACACAUUUUCCGAUGGAAGGUAUCUUAUCGUUCGAAAAUUGGGAUGGGGUCACUUUUCUACCGUUUGGCUAGCGAGGGAUACCAAAAUGAAACGUCACGUUGCACUAAAAGUUGUCAAAUCUGCUCCGCAUUACACAGAAACAGCAUUGGACGAGAUUAAAUUGCUGCAAAAGUUGGUUGCGGCAAAUCCGACCCAUCCGGGAAGACGACAUUGCGUGUCUUUAUUAGAUCACUUUAAACACAAAGGUCCAAACGGAUCACACGUUUGCAUGGUCUUCGAAGUUCUCGGUGAAAAUUUGCUAGGUCUCAUCAAGAGGUAUCAGCAUCGUGGUGUACCUCCUCAUAUUGUAAAACAGAUUGCAAAACAAGUGCUCAUCGGAUUGGAUUAUAUGCAUCGCGAAUGUGGCAUCAUACAUACCGAUCUCAAACCGGAAAAUGUACUGAUAUGUAUCGAUGAUGUCGAAGCUGUCGUUGAAGCCGAGUUGCGCACCAAUCCAGCUGCCGUUCCAACGAAACUAGUGGGAGUGCCACCCAGUCAAGGAAGAGGAGGAACGCAAACGCCAAGACGGGAUGGUAUCUUUAUCACAGGAUCACAACCUUUGCCAAGCCCCAGCAGCAGUUUAGGAUCGAGUCCAAUGUUUGACAAAUGGGCUUUUGCAAUGUCCAAAAUUGAUAAGCCUGGUAGCAUGUUGGGCUCGGGCAGCGAGGCAGGCAUGAAGAGUGAUGAUUCCGCAGGACCAACAUCUGCCUCCAGUAGUAGAGGACCACCAUUGGAGCGUGAAAAGAGUUUUGAGGCUAUAGGGCAAAGUAUGGCGCAAAUGAGCACAGGUGAUACGAUGUUUGGUAGUAAAACCACACCACAUCAAGCUAUACAAAGCAAAGGACCUUCCCUUUUAUCCCAACAAGCGCCAGGAAAUCGACCGGCUGAGCAAAUUCAAUCCGGAACACCUCUUUCCGGUGAAUCUUCAUCAUCUGCUUCUCCAAUGGCCACAGAUUCGGAUCUUGCGCCAAGCGAAGAGCCUUCUUAUCAUCAGCCUGCUCCUGCUGCUGGAGAUCCAAAUGUUCUUCCACCUCCACCACCGUAUGAUCCUGCAACAUUGGAAACGAUUACUGUCAAGAUUGCAGAUUUGGGAAACGCAUGUUGGGUUGAUCAUCAUUUCACCAAUGAUAUCCAGACAAGACAAUAUAGAUGUCCAGAAGUGAUCCUUGGUGCUAAAUGGGGACCAAGUGCGGAUAUCUGGAGUGCGGCUGCGAUGUUUUUCGAAUUGUUGACGGGAGAUUAUCUCUUCGAUCCUGCGGCAGGAACGAAGUACAACAAAGAUGAUGAUCAUAUCGCUCAAGUGAUUGAGUUGUUGGGAGACUUCCCAAAGAAUCUUGCUUUCUCUGGCAAAUACAGUGCUGACAUAUUCAACCGACGCGGAGAACUUCGACAUAUCCAUAAAUUGCGCUUCUGGCCGUUGAUUUCUGUGCUGCAAGAGAAGUAUUUGAUGCCCUACGAAGAAGGGAAUAAGUUGUCUUCAUUCAUCAUGCCAAUGCUCAGAUUGCAUCCUGACAAGAGAGCUAGCGCGAAGGAAAUGCUAGAACACGAAUGGUUGCAUGGUGUCAUUGUAGAGGGAGAAUUGGAAUUAUUAGCCAGAGCUCACUCACUUUCCGUUGGCAGUGGCACAGAUGAUGGUCAAAUGUUCCGAUUCGAUCCUGAUGCUAUGGAUGCCUUAAAACCGAUCAGCGCAUCUCCUGCAAGCAGUAUCAAUUCCCCUAUUCAUUUAGACCCACAUGCGCUUGAACAAGCACAAAAGCGAGCAACAAUGAUGCAAAGGAUGCAAGAGGAUAGCCAAGCUAGUUCUUCAUCUUCAAUGUCUAAUCAUCAAAAUCAGAACACUCAACCGGCCGAAUUAUCAACUCCUAAAGGUCCUAAUCAGCCCACAAAAAAUCGAAAUACCCAAUCUCCCUCACCGCACAAUUUGAACGCUUCUGCUCCGGUAGCCACUACUUCCUCCUGA